AUGAAGUUUAAUGAAGUUGAUUCCUGUACUUUUCACAGAGAAAAAGAAAAAGCUGUUGUUUACUGGAACAUCUCAAUGGAUGUGAAACAGGAGAGCUGUGACAUGGACACAAAUAUCAUGGAGAAAACUGUAAAUAUUAAGGAGGAGGACCGUCAGUGGGAGUCCAUCUACCUUAAACAGGAAAGUCUGAGCAUCAAGGAGGAGAUCAGUGAACUGCAGUCAGUGGGCAUUAAAGAAGAACCUGAAGAGAAGUCUGUCAGUAUUGAGACACAUAACCAUACAAAUCUGGACAGUGUAAAAGAAGACAACCUUCAUGAUGGGUGUCAAGAUGGAGUGGUGACCAGUCUGAAGUGCCACAUUAGAGUUCACACUGGAGAGAAGUCAUAUUGCUGUAAUGAAUGUGGAAAACAGUUUUCACAUAUUAACAGUCUGAAGUACCACAUAAGAGUUCACACUGGAGAGAAGCCACAUUGCUGUAAUGAAUGUGGUAAACAGUUUUCACAUAUAAACAGUCUGAAGGACCACACUAGAGUUCACACUGGAGAGAAACCAUAUUGCUGUAAUGAAUGUGGUAAACAGUUUUCACAUAUAAACAGUCUGAAGUGCCACACUAGAGUUCACACUGGAGAGAAGCCAUAUUGCUGUAAUGAAUGUGGUAAACAGUUUUCACAUAUAAAGAGUCUGAAGUACCACACAAGAGUUCACACUGGAGAGAAGCCAUAUUGCUGUAAUGAAUGUGGCAAACAGUUCACACAAAUGAGCGAUCUUCAGAGCCACACUAGAAUUCACACUGGAGAGAAGCUGUAUUGCUGUAAUGAAUGUGGCAAACAGUUUACACAAAUGGGCAAUCUUCAGACACACACUAGAGUUCACACUGGAGAGAAGCCGUAUUGCUGUAAUGAAUGUGGCAAACAGUUUUCACAGAUGGGCCAACUUCAGAGACACACUAGAGUUCACAACAGAAUUAGAACAGUAACAGUUCAAAAAUCAGUCCAGAAAAACUAGAACCCUUCACGACUCUAGAGUGAGGU